GUCAUCCCACCCAUCAACGCAUUCAAAAAGCUUGGCACUCAAGCGGUACUUGCAUCAAAACCACCAUCAAAAACCCAUCCCAUUGUUUAUUUUUUUUUUCUAAACAUCAUGUCGCUAUUCAAUCAGCUAGUAUACUACAUGCUCCUCACUGAGCUGACAUUUUACCUGUUAACACUCAUUCCUUUGAGUUUCAUCCCAAUACCAACCCGCAAAAGAAUCAUGAACAGCAUCUCAACCCUCGCAAGAAAAGAUCCAAUUGUAUGGACAGCACGGGUGAUAUUCCUUGUAAUGGCACUCGUGUUUUGGGAUACGGUGACGAGGUUGUAUCGUAUGGAGACUGAGGUGCAUCCUAAAGAGGAGGGACAUCAUUCGCAUUUGGAUCCGAUGGGUAUGCAAGCGGAUUUACAGCAAAAGGCUCGUCGUUUUUAUACGCAACGAAACUUGUACUUGUCCCUCUUUGCCAUUUUUAUGAUCCUCGUCGAUUAUCGUCGCGUCAAGGACCUCUACCUCCAACUCGUAUACCAAGAAGAAAUUGUCGAUUUAAAAAAAAAGAUUCGGAUGGUGUCGGGGCAGGUUGAGACGUUGACGCAUGCUGCUGCUGCUGUUGAUGGAGAAAAAUUGGAAAAGGUGAUUAGUAAGGAAGAAGUGGAUGGUGGUGGGGUGCGGAAGAGGGGGGUGGUGGUGGCUGAUGCGAGUGAGUAAACGGCGGGUUUGGAUUUUGUAGGAGAGAGAGGGGAGGGCUGGUUUAUGAUGAUGCGAGGAUGUGGUCGUGGUUUUUAGGAGUUUUGGGUCGAGAUUUUCUUCUGCUGUUUUUGCAUAUUGGGGUAAUAUGAUUUUGUUUUGGACUGUUGCUGCACUUUCUUUUUCAACCACGCCAUGUUUUGUUUAAACUACGUUUGCACUCAAGUUUAAAGUGUGGUAUAGACCGA